AUGACUGUUCUCACUGGUAAGCCACUGUCGCUGGCUAUUACUGCCACUGCAGGAAGUGGUUUCCUUCUAUUCGGAUAUGAUCAAGGUGUUAUGUCAGGUCUUUUGACCGGUACUGCAUUCACGCGGACAUUCCCGGAGAUUGACACGACCUCCGCAGGACAUGGCAGUUCUUCACUGCAAGGCACGGUGGUUGCUAUCUAUGAGAUCGGCUGCUUCUUGGGUGCCCUGAUUGCUCUGUUCGCGGGUGAGAAGAUUGGCCGUCGGAUGUGUAUCAUUGCAGGUUGCAUCAUUCUCAGUAUCGGGGCGGCGAUUCAGUGCAGUGCGUAUGGCAUCCCGCAGUUGAUUGUGGGUCGGAUCGUGGCCGGCGUCGGCAAUGGUCUCAAUACCAGUACAAUCCCGGUGUGGCAUUCGGAAUUGAGCAAAGCAUCCAGUCGAGGAAAAGGGCUGGCGAUCGAGCUCACGAUCAACAUCUUCGGUGUCAUGACAGCCUACUGGGUUGAUUAUGGAAUGAGUUAUGUCGACAACGAAGCUCAAUUCCGGUUUCCUAUCGCGCUGCAGAUUCUUUUUGCCAUCAUCACACUUCUAGGGGUGAUUGCCUUGCCCGAGUCGCCUCGUUGGCUUAUUUCCCACGGCCAACGCGACGAAGCGCAACACAUUAUCUGGGCUGUUCAGCCUAACGCAGACCAAAUUUCUGAGUCUGACACCAUCGUCACCACGGAGGUAGCAGAGAUCUCUCGUGCUAUUGCAGAGGAACAGGCAGCAUCCCAGGAAGGAUCCUUCGGCAUGAUCUUCAGCAACGGGCCUCAGAAGUUCUUCUACCGCACGCUUCUGGGAAUGGGGGGACAGUUCAUGCAGCAGAUGUCGGGAGUCAAUUUGAUCACUUAUUACAACACGGUGAUCUUCGAGAACUCGGUUGGUAUGAGCCACAACUUGGCCCUACUGAUGGCGGGCUUUAACGGGGUAGCCUACUUUGUCUCUACCUUUGUUCCCGUCUGGACUAUUGAUAGGCUGGGUCGUCGGAAACUCAUGCUCUUCGCGGCGGCGGGACAAUGUGGCUGCAUGGCUAUCUUGGCUGGCACUGUGUACGAUGGCGGCCAUGCGGCUGGUAUCGUGGCCACCGUGAUGCUGUUCCUCUUCAAUUUCUUCUUCGCCGUUGGCCUGCUGGCUAUUCCGUGGCUAUUGCCCGCUGAAUAUGCCCCGCUGGCGAUCCGAAGCCGUGCUGCUGCAUUGGCUACUGCCACCAAUUGGAUCUUUACCUUUCUUGUCGUGGAAAUCACGCCCGUCAGUAUUGACAGCAUCGGCUAUCGCACGUAUAUCUACUUUGCUGUGUUUAAUUUCUGCUUCCUCCCCUUGAUUUACUUCUUCUAUCCCGAGACACGCAACCUCACGCUGGAACAAGUGGACUUGCUUUUCACGGGAGAGAAGGUGCAGCUUCACUGGCACCCGUCGAUGGGCGCAGUGGGCGAUGUCAGUGAGCGCAUUGGAGACAAGGAGAUCUUGAAUGUUGUUCCUGCGCGAUCUGCCAAGACAGCGGCAGUCAAGCAAUCUCGACGACCAGUAGAUGAGCGUGUCGCGUCAUCUGCACCGUUAGGGGAUGGCAACAAUAAUGAGAAUGCCAACGCAUGCCCCGGGCUGGAGUCUCCUUCGCCGAGCACUCAAAUUAUUGAACCCUAUCUCAGCCCGCGUACCGCGGAGCGACUCUCACCGCUAUCGCAUGAGAGCUUCCAGAACCCAGACAGACUGGAUCUGCAGCAGUCUGCCGGAGGGGCGGAGCACGCAUCCCACAGCUCUCCAGAUAUGUCCCAUUACCACCCAUAUAUGCAUUCGAGCCCUGAGUUUAUUGUCGAUGAAUUGGCAGCUGUUCAGAAUCUUACGGGGAGCACCGGGCAAUUCCCACAUUCAGCAUCCAAUGUCUAUCAUACGAUACCCUCGCCCAUGUUUGACCAGAGCGUGUUCUCUGACGCAGUCAGCUUUACCAACGAUGUCUUUAUCCCUGGAUCUGCUUAUGAGGCUCUUCAUACUACCCUUCGCAACCGGCAGCUUUGGACUGCACGACCUGAUAUCCCAAGUCGGGGAAGGACUCCUGAGAUCGUGCCGGAGCCCGGCAGUACAGUGCUAGAAGGUUCUAAAAGAACGGAACUUCUUGUCGUCACACAUCAGAGAACAGGGCGCGAGUUUGAGCUUCUGCCCGAACGGGAGAAUGUUCUGUGGCAGAAUUACCUUAACGAGAUUUGUCUUUGGCUUGACAUGUUUGACAACCAUCGUCAUUUUGCUUCAACCUUCCCACAAAUGGCCAAGUCGGCGCCUCAUCUCCGCUACUCAAUUCUAGCCCUGUCCGCCCGACAGAUGGAGCGGAAACAGAACCGGAAGUCUCAAUCCGAAAGUCUGUCCUUGUACCAAGAAGCGAUUCACCUGCUUCUCCCUGAGCUUGAAAGCAAGAGCACUCCUGUUAUCGCCUCCUGCGUAAUUCUUUGCGUGUUAGAAAUGCUUAGCUGCAACCCCAAGGAGUGGCGGCGUCAUCUCGAUGGCUGCGCAUAUCUGAUCCAGGCUGCUGAGAUUAAUGGAUUCUCUGGCAAGGAGGAACAAGCGCUAUUCUGGUGCUUCGCGAGAAUGGACGUCUGCGGUGGCCUCAUCUCGGAAGAAGAAACCAUCAUACCCAUUCGUAACUGGAUUCCACGCGACAUGACCCCUACCGAAGCUGCACAGUUGUUCCUGGCGUCAAAUGUCUAUGCUUUUGAUACAUAUGCCAAUUACACUGUGUUCCUAUGUGCGCAGACACUGGGCGUGCUGUUUGGCUCUGCUAGACUUUCCACAUACUACCACGGCAUCCUGGAAGAUGGCCCAUCGUAUGUUGACCAAUGGCAACAACUGCUGCAUGAUGUGGAACAGUGGUACGAGAAUCGUCCCAGUCAGAUGAAGCCAUUAUUUAGUAUCCCGACCGCGACAGUUGGGGCGGAUAAUGACAAGCCGUUUCCGACUGUGCUUUAUGGGAAUGGAGCUGCUAUAUCCGGGAACCAACUUUAUCAUGCCUGCGCUCUUCUCUUACUCCAGGGAAAGCCCAAAACUCUUCCAAUGCAGCGACGUCGAACGAAGUCUGUCCUCUGGCAUGCACGACAAAUCUGCGCUAUUUCCGUCUCGAACACUCAUCACGGCUGCUGGACCAAUGCAUUGCAACCUCUCUGGCUGGCUGGCAAAGUGAUGUCUCAUCAUUCCGAGCACGCCGCUAUCAUUCAGACGCUGACGCGUAUCGAGCGGGAGACGGGGUGGGCAACAAGCUGGCGAGCAGAAGACCUUCGAGAAUUCUGGGGAGAUGAGGAGGAAGCAGAGGAGAUGGAGGAAAAUAUGCGAGUGGACAUGCAGCGAGAUACAAAUCUGCAAACUCCACCGAGUGUUCGAGGCAGCACAUGUUCGCAUUCCACCUUGUGAGAGCGACUCCCCAAAUGCAAAUGGGGCGAUAAAUCAAGCAAGACGACCCGCUACAGCAAGUCGGUCUGGUGCCCUGGAAUGACUGAUUUAGAUGGUCAAAGAGGCACCAACAGACAGUCUCGCAUGCUGAGAGAGGGU